AGGAAAAAGAGAUGGCAUCAAUGUUGUGGAACAAAGCUUUAAAGGAGAGGGAAAGUGAGUUACAUGAGGACACUUGGAAUAUUGUAUUUGAUGAGUCUGUAGUGGCACACAAACAAGCUCCUGGUUGGUACCAGUACAUUUCUGGCUCCUUUGCACGGUUCUGCUGUUCUCUUUGUAAAAGAUCGUGGAUGUCUAAGAGAGUGCAGGUGGUGUUUCACUUCUAUCUGAACACAGCAAGCAGUGCUAAAAGUGGAACCAUUAAAGUGCGACGCUUCAAACAGAAAUGCAGGAGGUGUGCUGAAGCUCAGAUGGAGGAUCCAAACUUCCCAGUUGAUAACAUUGAUGUACUGGUGGAGAGACUGGUUGAAAAGAUCCGUAUAAGAUGCUAUAGUGAAAACCUGGGUGAAACAAACAGGGGCUCACAUUUCAGUGGCAGAGUUAAUGGGCCUCAUGAAAGUUCUCACUGUGAAGCCUGUCGAGAAGGUAUCUGUAGUCAGGCCACCUGAGAUGAGAAGUAAAUAAUUUCUUUUGUAUUUAUUAUUAAUUGUUUUCCCAAUGAUGAUGUGAUAAUUGUAGAGACAAAUAAAUCUUGCUCAAAAUAAUAGUAACUGAUA